AUGGCAAGCGGGGGGUUUUCCCCGCAAUCCACUCCCUCUUGGGCGGACAUUGCCGCCACUGCCAAGAAUCGCCCAGAUAACUCUUCUCCUCUUGUUGACGGUCCAGUGUUACGCAAGCUGAAGGCUUCCACCUCUGAGUUCAUUCGCUUUGAUGGUGAUGCAAUGGCAAGGGCUAGGCUUCGCUUUCAACAUUCGUUAAUUGGCAAAUUUUUUGAAAAACCUCCUCCCUUUGAGCAGAUCAAAACUGUGCUUCAGACUCGCUGGAGUGAUCUGGGUGAAAUCUUCAUUUUGGAUCUUCCAAAUGGCUACCUUCUCUUUAGAUGUGACUCAUUUGAUCUUUCUCAGAAACUCAUGAUUGAAGGCCCAUGGUCGGUUAAUGGAGCUACGCUCCAACUCGCUCCUUGGAAGCCCUUUUUGGAACCAGCUUUUGCCAAACUCUCCUCUGCUAUAGUUUGGGUCCAGUUGCAUAAUCUCCCAGUUGAAUUUUGGGAUGGAGAGUCUCUCGAGUCCAUCUCAACCUCUCUUGGACGUCUUCUCAAGAUUGAUGAUUUUACUUCAUCUCUUUCCAGAUCAAAAUUCGCCCGCAUUUGUGUGGAAAUCGACCUAUCUAAACCUCUCAAACAAGGGUUUUGGAUUGGCGACGAUGUUCAUAGGGUGUUUGUUGUUGUCCUGUAUGAAAAACUUCCCACUUUUUGCUACCUUUGCGGAAUGGUUGGGCAUGGGUCGAACCAUUGCAGCCGUCGGCCUUCUGGGGGCCAGAGUCGCUCCUUGCAGCCCCCUUUUCAAGUUCCUAGUGAACUGAGAGGGUCAGAGGUAAGGGCAGCAAUGGAUCCCCAUAAGGAAGGCUUGGAGGCAAGGUCUGACUGCCCUCUUCCCACCUCUGAGAUUGCCGGUGCCGACCAUGAUGAGUCUAACUUUGGUCCAUGGAUGAUUGUUUCUCGUCGGAAGGGGCCGGUCGUGGUCGCGGUGGCGCCGGUGGUGGAGCUGGGAGACCAACACCACCACCUUCACAUGAUGGUCGUCCUCCACGUGGCACCUCCUCCUUCCGCGGUAGGGGUGGUCAUUUUGGGAGACGUUCUCGAGGACCUAUUUCUUCCUCUGCACGUUCGGGCGGAUGCUGACACGGAUCUGACCCCUCCCACUUCUAUCAGUGUGGAGACGUCGGCUGAUGUGACUACUCUUGUUCCUAUGCACAACAUUCUUAAAGCUACACCUGACCCUGGCCCUAGUUCCCAUGAUUCUCUGAGUCCCAAGAAAAAGUCUUUGCCUUUUUAUCAAAACAAGACCCCUAGUCCUAUUCUUCGUAUCUCUGACAGUCAGGAUAAUGGGCCUAGUGUUGAUCCCAGUAUCUCUUCUCAUUCUCUGAUUGUUGCACAGGUCUCUGAAGCUCUGAAUCCGUCUCCUCCGUCUGGAAAUUCUGAUCACUCGAUGGGAGAAUCCAACGACGAGGAGUCAGAGGAGGAAGAUGGAGACAGUGUGAUGUCUGAUUACGGUGACCCGGAGGAGCCGGAUGAUUUGAUGACUUUAGAUCAAUACCAGACCGGACUUCGCAAGGAGUCUCUUGUCCGACGUGACCCACAUCCCUCCUCUUCUUCGCAUAAGAAAGGGAGUCCUCCUUUCCUUUACAUGUUUGAUAUGAUUGAGAACAAAGUUAAGUUUGUGUGUUGGAACUGUAGAGGAAUCUCAGGGCGGGAUACCUCAGCUCGUGUCAAGUUAUUAAUGAAGCAGCAUAAUCCUCUUAUCUUCUGCUUGGUAGAAACUCGGGCCGAUCAUCGUAGACUAGACAUUUUCUGCUCCAAGUUGGGCCACGAUUGGGCAUGGGUUGCCAUCGAAGCCGAUGGCUACUCAGGAGGUAUUAUUGUUUCUUGGCAAAAGCACUUGGGAAAAGUCACUCCUCUUAUCAAAUCUAGGUACGUUCUGCAUUUGGUUGUCACUAAUGCCAAGCUGGAGACCUGGAUUCUGUCGACUAUUUACAAUCCUUCUCGUAUUCAAGACCAAUCCAUUGUUUGGCUUGAACUCUCUGGUAUUGCUUCUUUGAACAUUCCUUGGAUUCUCAUUGGUGACUUUAACACGAUUGUUUAUUUGAAUGAGUUUCAGGGCGGUUCUCACAGUUAUUAUCGUCGCAAAGCUCGAAUUUUCUCUGAUUUCAUUAAUCUUAAUAAUCUUCUGGAUGUUAACUUUAAUGGUUCUAGGUUCACUUGGUGUAACAAUCAGAGGGGAGCUUCGAGGAAAUGGGCCCGGUUAGACCGCUGCUUGCUCAAUCCUUGUGGCGCUAGCCUCCUAAGUACCUACCAUAUCAAGCAUCUCUCGAGGCUUUAUUCUGAUCACGCUCCUCUUCUUCUUACCCUUAUUCCUCGUCUCCCCUUUAAAAAAAAAGUUUUUAGGUUUGAUAAUUAUUGGCUAGAUUAUUUUGGUUGUCAUAUCGCUGUUAGAGAGGCUCUUUAUUUUUCGCCUCAUUCUAACCCCAUGCAUGCUUUUGCGCAUUUACUUUCUCGUGUUCGGUCUAAUGUUAUUUCUUGGAAGCACAGGGGCCUUAACUCUAUCGAGGCUAGUAUCAACAGAGUUGAGUUGGAAAUUCAGGAGGCUGAAGCCUUAGAUUCUAUUCACUGCAAUGACAACAACUUGGUAAACAUCCUUUCUUCCCUUUACAAUAAACUUGCUGCCCUUCAACGUCAGAACUCUUCUAAAUAG